AUGGCCGACGAUUUGCGCAACGGCCAUGGCAUUCCGAUGCUGCAGGUCAUCGAGCCUACAGCACAGAAACCUUUCGAGCAACCGUCCAAACGUAUCAACGAUGGCGACGACCUUUCUUUCUUCUUGCGCUCCUCGGCCUAUGCCGACAUCAUGACCUGGAUUUUGCAAUUGAAUCGUUCCAUGAUCCCCGUCAAGCGUCCGGACGACUCAAGUCUUGUCGACACAUGGCCUUUGCAAUCCAAAAACAUUACCCUUUCCGACGAAGUGCUCAAAUUGAACCAUCUCAUCCGCUCACUCGAUGCUCUCAUGGAAAAGGCGCCUCCAGAGUCUGGACCUCGAAGGUUCGGCAACGCUGCCUUCCGUACAUGGUACAAGACUGUUCAAGAAGCCACACCAUCUCUUUUGCGAGACGCCCUCUCCGACAAGCUGUGGGGCCGUGCUCGGCACGACGCCGAGCUGAGCGCUUUGAAUCUCGAGUUGGCUGCAUACCUUCUCGGGAGUUUUGGAAGUCCCGAAAGACUUGAUUAUGGUACUGGCCACGAGCUGAGCUUCUUGGCCUUCCUGGCCUGUAUCUGGAAGCUGGGUGGCUUCGCUCACGCCGAUAGUGGUCUUCAAGAAAGAGCCAUUGUCACAGCUGUCAUACAACCUUACCUCGACCUCGUUCGAAAACUUAUCUUGACAUACUCUUUGGAACCUGCAGGUUCCCAUGGCGUCUGGGGACUUGACGACCAUUCUUUCAUACCAUACAUCCUAGGUUCUGCUCAGUACUGUGCCCCCAUCCAUGCCGACUCUACUGUAAUUCCCAAUGAGGGUUCGCUCUCGGGUUCGCCAUCGCCCAACCGAACGGCCAAGAAUGACUCGGCCGAAAUGUAUAGAGACACGAACAUGUACUUUUCUGCCAUUGCCUUCAUCUUCGAUGUCAAAAAGGGGCCUUUCUGGGAGCACAGUCCUACUUUGUUUGACAUAUCAGGCAUCAAGGAUGGAUGGGCCAAGAUCAACAAGGGGAUGAUUAAGAUGUACAAUGCCGAAGUGCUCUCCAAGUUUCCUGUUGUCCAGCACUUCCCUUUUGGUUCUCUUUUUCGAUGGGAGCAUGAUCCUCGCGCUCCCAUACCUACCACGUCUGCUCACAUGGGUUCUCAACCAAAGUCUUCGAUUUCAGCCAACACAAAAAACAUGAGCUCUGCACAGCCGUCGACGCGGGCACCAUGGUCAGGAGGUUCAUCAGCACCAAUGACGGCAACACCUAUUACUGGCGCGCCAUGGGCAGCGAACGGACCAUCAUCUGCAGCAAAUGUCGCAAGAGCACCAUGGUCAAGAGCGCCGCCAGGAUCCAAUCGACCAGCUUGA